UUCAUCAAUACAGUUCUUCAUUCAGUAUCUACGAUACGGGAUUAAUAUAUUGAUCAAGUCUGAAUAUCAAGUCAUAAUCUACCAUACGUCGCCAAUGAAGCUAUGGCAGACGUAAACAAUACCUGGGAGAAUACAAACUUCAUGUUCCUCCUCAGCGAGGACUAUUCGGGUAUAACCUCGGCCUGCGAUAAACUCGGCGACUUGCUGGGGAUCUGCGACGAGACGUGCGAGGAUGUUAAGGAGAAAGCCCUUGCAAAUUAUACAUCCACCACUAUUCUUCCCCUAUGUGUUACUAUCGGCUUCCCAAGCCAAGGCAUAGCACACUACCUUGGAAGUAAACCGGGCGGCCAGAGAUUCCUCGCCCUUCUUUGCACUCUAGUGACUGCGUUUAAUCCGUCCGAGUGCGCGCAGGUGCUAGUAAAUCUGAUGGGACGUCAUCUCAAGUUUGGAGAGAUACGAUGUCCUACAGCCGAGCAGCUAUAUCCGCUACUCAACACCGUCGAGGCAAGAUGUAACCUCUCCAACUUUACUAGCCAUAUCGUAGACUACGAGAUAAUAUUAUCUCACGAGCUUCGUAAACGACACCACGGUGCCGCAUUUAUAGGCCGCCUAGCCAAGACCCCUGACACGAAUACUGUGGCCAAACUAGCCGAGUUAUUGAUACUUCACAAAGCUGGGGGUCUUAGUGAUGGCAAGCUGAAGGCAAUAACAAUCCAAGCAGGACGUUGCGUGCCUUGGAUCGUAGCCUUUCUGCGCUGGUGGCUGCGCAAAGAACCCAUGGUCUACAUAGGGGAAGGCCAAUCGCCACAAUAUGAAAAGCUCAUACAGGGCGAGACGAAUAUUGGAAUAAAACUCGUGCCUCCAACGCAGAAAGACGGUCCAGAACCCAUCAGAAUCAGAGCCAUCUACUCGGAGUCACACUGGGAAGAUUGGAAUUUCCACCAAGGCGGUGCGGAGCACUACGGCGGUCUCGUUCCGAUGCACACGUACUUCCGCCUCAUGCUAAACGCCCUCAAACUAGACCAGGGUCAGGCCAACGAGGCAGCCGUAGAAGUCAUCCCCUACGCGCUCUCCACGGCACGAAAAGGCCUGACAAUGUGCACCGAGGGGUGCGUGCCUCGUAGUCGCUGGGGAUCGCCAUGCGACACGACCACGGACAUCGCCGGGGCAAAGUCUAAGCUCUGGGAACAAUCGCAGGAAGAAGAUAAAGAGGGAAUCUUGGCAAGCGAAGUGUUGAAGAUCAGCUCGGGUCGCUUCGAACCGUUCCCGGAACGCGCCGACAUCAACGGUAUCCUACAACUCGUCGGCGGCUGCGAAGGAAAGCACAUGCAAGACCUACGAAGCAGGCAGAUGGGGUUGCCACUCUGGGGACAUAAGGAGGCGGCCGCCUUCUUAGAACAGGCGAAGCACGAGGACGAACGCAAGGACUGGCUAGCAGGCUUCCGUUCGCAAUUCCCCCUCGGCCAGCCCGGUCCCACGACUAUGUUCGUCGAGCAGAUAGCGCACAUCGUCGCGACGAUCCUAGCACUGUCAUUAUUCCGGAACUCCAAGGGGCUCAUGGUCCGGCCAGACCCGUUUAUCUGGCAGAACGCCGAGCUUGCACCAAGCACGGUCGUCUCGGCCAUCUGUCGCAUCUCCCGAGCGCAGACGGCAUGCUGCGACGUAACGGAAUGGCAUCGCGUGUGCAGGAAGCUAGCCGGAGAGCCAGAGGGACGACCGGAAAUCGAGCGGCGGAACGCGAUUAUAUCUUGCGGUUCCGGACAGGUCGUAUGGCCGGCGAUUACGCUUGACUGGAAGUUACCUGUAAACGACGAGAGUUACCUACGACUUCACUGGUGCCGAGGCAAGAUUUUCAAUCAGCACGGCUACAGAUUGUACCGCAGCAUCGUAGCCAUGAACUCACGCGUUACGCCGGCCUUGACAACCCGAAGCGCACCGGUUAUCCCGCCCAGACUCACGCCGUCCAACGCACCAGGAGUCAAGCAGACACAGUACGGAUUCAAUCUGCAGCUUCACCCUCUGGACAACCAAGUCCUAGAAUGCUGCCUGCUUAGGUCCUUCGAAUACGAAGGCAACAAAAUCACCUUCGCUGCUCUUGAUCCGACGGGCGUACUGAAAACCCUAGCCUCUGCAGAGCGAAUCGAGUCAUGCCCUCAUGACGAACAUGCAUCAGUAAACGUCGUCAUGACAAACGCUCUAGGCGAUGACGGUAACGCGGCCGCCGUAUCCCCAGACGUGUAUCUGUGCACCCCCGAAGACGCGCUGCCCUGGCUGAGGGACUGGGCGCGCAGGGCAGACGUUGAGCAGGUGGCGCGGCAAGGUCUGAGCGAGAUACUGACACAUGUGAAAGGUACAGAGGGACCAUCCGGUGCUGUGGCGGUGAUCCCGACUGCGGCUGAAGACCGGCUGAGAGUUUUUGUUUUGGCCAAGCCGGUCGGGGCGCAUGUUGCUAUUAGAGGGCACGCUUGUCUGGCCUGUUGUGUGAAGUUUUGCAAGCAGUUUGGGUUCAAUGUGCUUGUGCUGUAG